GGCGAAGGGCUCGGGCGGGCGUCGGAGUCGCCUCUGCGCUCUGGCGAAGGGCCAGGACCCGCGUCUGCGUCUCCAGUCUCCAGUCUCCACUCUCCUCUCCAGCGCAAAUCGAACCUGCCUAGUUCCCAUCCGGCGGCGGGAGCUCCUGGGUGAGCCGGUGAGGACGCCGCACCACCACAUCCGGCCGCUGCUCAGUGCUCACCACAGCUAUCGCAUUUCUCGGCUCCGUUCCCGUACGUUGGUUCAGCUUUUCCAUCCUUCUAACCCUACCAAACGGCACCACAAUCCCCCCGGCCGGGCAAUUCGUCGAACAGCAUGGACGCGCCUCCGCCCUCGCAGCCGGACGCCGCGGCGGCGCCGCCCUCCUCGACCACGGCUUCUGCUCCCUCUCCGGCGCCACCAUCCAACCCACCCACUUCUACCGCCGCCGCCGCAGCACCCGCGUCCGAUUCCGCCAUCACCACAUCUAACCCGAACCCAGCUACCGCCGCAAACCCCACUCAAACCCUAGAGGCUCCAGGCCCCGUCCCCGCGGCCGCGCGGCCGCCGCCGCCGCGAAUGAGGCCGCCUUACACCCACCUGGCCGCGCCCAUCACGAUGUCGUCGUCCUCCUCUGGGGCUGCCACAGCCGCGGCCUCCUCGGCUUCCGUCCCGGCCGCUUCCUCCGCGGCUCCUCCUGUGCCACGCGGUGGGGUUGUUCUGGGGGUGCCUGCGCCGCGUCCCGCACAGACGCCCGCUGGUUACACUGGGUUCGUUCCGCCGCCUCCGCUUGCUCACCAGUUUGGAUUGAUGCAUCGCGGUCCUGACCAGCCCCCGCCUUCAUCUUCGCAGUUUAGGCAACCUUCCCCUGGGAUUCAGAAUAUUGGGAUGGCUGGAUCCAUUAACACAUCCCAGAUGAGGCCAGGAGCAAUAUCUGGUCCGCAGCAGCCCAGACCUGGACUUCCAUCAUCAACAACUACUAUCCCAUCUGGUAGCCAAAUGCCAGGUUCACAAAGAGCCCCCUCUCAGUCUUUAAUGAGGCCGAUGACUGUGAGUUCUCCUUCUCCUUUGCCGGCUUCACAGCAAACUCCACAAAGUUCAUCUUCAACAUUUAGGCCCCAACAGAGGCCACAAAUUUCGCAACCAAGACCACAACAAUCUGCACCUGUGACUCCACCUCAACAGAACAUAAUUUUAACACAGCAGCAGCAGCAGCAGCAGCAGCAGCAUCAGAAGCAACAACAACAGAGUUCCUCACAUCAAAAUCAACAAAGUACUGCCCCAAAAAAUCAGCCACAACUUUCUCAGCAGCCAGCCGCUCGUACUCCAAUAUCAAUGACACCAAAGCCUGAUUCACCAGCUGUACCAAAUGUUGCUGUUUUACAAUCUGUGGAUGCAGCUGCAACUGAUGCAAAUGGUAGUGAAACUGGUGCUCGACUAAUCACCAAGAGAAGCAUACAUGAAUUAGUUGCACAGAUUGAUCCUAAUGAAAAACUGGAUCCUGAAGUUGAAGAUGUUCUUAUUGACAUCGCGGAAGAUUUUGUUGAGUCUGUCACAACAUUUGCUUGUUCUUUAGCAAAGCAUAGGAAGUCAAGCACAUUAGAAGCAAAAGAUGUACUUCUCCAUGCAGAGAGAAGCUGGAAUAUCACCUUGCCAGGCUUCAGUGGUGAUGAAAUCAAACUAUACAAGAAACAGCACAUAAAUGAUAUUCACAGGGAGAGGCUUGCUCUGAUCAAGAAGUCCAUGGCGACUGACACAAGAAUCUCUGCUGCCCAAGCAGCAGCUAACCAGAAAAACCAGACUCCGAAACCACCUGCCCCAGCUUCCCCGUGAAAGAUGUCCAUGGGCCCUGCAAAAGCCAGUAUCACGCAUCACAUCUUUGGUGUUCGGACAGUUGUGGGAUUGUUGUUUGUUGAACCGCUGGUGGCAGUAGAUGUGUUGCAACGGGUAGAUGUACAAAUGAUUUUGUCAUUACGAGUAUCUGGUUAGAAUGUUAUUUUGUUAAUACAAGGCAUGGUUCCAUAUUAUUGUACAUUACUUUCGUUCUAAA